AUGAUAUGGAAUAGCCGAUCUAAGUGCAGAAAAAGGCAAAAAGUUUCAAACGAUAUUGGUGAAGGCGCAUCUUCAAGCUCUAUCAAGACAUUAUCACUGGCAAACUCACAAUCGCCUUUAAAUUCUCUAAAUCUGCUCAUAGGCCCGUUUUUGAAUGAAGCAAUUCAGAAAAGUCAGAAACAGUAA